CAAUGAAAAUCUAAUCCCAAACAAGCCUCAAAUUCCCACAUCUUAUUUCUCGAAAUCUUCCCCCCAAAUAAAAAAAAAAAAAAGGAAAAAAAAAGAAAAGAAAACCCUAGCCCACAAAAUCAAAACUUUAUUCUGCUUCUUCGUUCUCCAAUUUUUCCUUGAUUUAUAUUCACAAUGGACAUCCCUCUCAAAGACCCAACUUUGAUUUGGCAGCAUGAGACUAUUUGCAGCAGCAAAAAGAUUCCUUUUCGCCAUUGACAUGUCACCAACGCCGCCACACCACCACCCAAUCAUCAACGGCCACGACAGUUUCUCAACCCUGCCUGAUCUCUUCAUCACGGCCAUCUCCGUAUGCUUCCUCUUCUCUUCAUCCACCAGACCUUUCCUCUCCAGGACUAAUUUGAUCUCUUUCCCUCUCUGCCCUCGUCGAUUUCUCAAAAUCCCCACCAUGUCCCGCCGCAAUCCCCACCGUCAAUUCGCUUCGCCGCAGUCUCUCUCCGAAUGGCUCAAACCCCGAUUGCCCUCCGAUUCUUUUGCCUCUUGGGGUGUCAAACCCGGCACCAAAAACGUCCACAAUCUCUGGCUUGAGCUAUCGGAAGGUGAAACCUCUCUCGCCGAUUCAGCCCCUCCGGUUCGAACGGUCCAAGUCGUCACCGUCCGAAUAAUCGGGAAAGAUAAUCGGGUUUUGAUCGAAUCCCACCAAGAGCUAUCGGAUGGUAGUGUGAGGAAUCGGGGCCGACCUUUAUCGGAGAAGAUGAAGCCCGUUGAAGACCUUGAAUCGGCGGUGAUUCGGGCGGUUCGGGAAGAGCUAGGUUCCAUAAUGAAGGGUUCGGGUUUCGAUGAUUCCGGUGAUGUUGACAUUGUGAAGGUGGUUCAGGGAUCGUAUAGAAAGAAAGUGGAGGAGCGGAAUUCGGUGUCGUAUCCGGGUCUUCCGGCUUGUUAUAUAUUGCAUUCGGUGGACGCUUGCGUGGAGGGUUUGCCGGACGGAGAUUUUUGCACGGAGGAGGAGGAGGAGUAUAGAAAUUGUGAAACUUCUGGGGUUGCCAAUGAAGCUGUGUCUGUAAAGAAGCAUUUUUGGAAAUGGGUUAGUGCCGAUUCGCUUGAAUCAUGAUGAUGUGGGUCGGUUAUAUAUAUAUAUAUAUAUAUAUAUAUAUAUUUUCAGUUUUGAGCUGCUGUUAAUUUUAGAGCAUACGAGAAAGAUUAUUGAUGCUUUUUUUUUUUUUUUUUUCUCUUUUUUGGCGGGUUCAAUUUUGUAAUUGUGUGUUAGUUAUAUAAAUGUGGGUUUUACUUGCUUUCAGAUAAAGUAAAUAUUUAGAGACUCUGUUUCUGGUCAUUCUUACACUUAGUCAUGAUUUUUAUAUUGAAGAUUAAGAUGGGGCAGUUAUAUAGGUAGCAUUUGAGUGGGAAAAUAUGUAAAUUUCUUGUGUUGAAAUGUUGGUGACCUUGGUUGUCCAAAUUGAUGAACCUUCUCAAUAAUGGAGCCAUUUGAAGUUGUCUUGAUUCA